AUGGCGCAGUCGCUGGAGCUGCUGCUGAUCCAGUUCCUGAUGCCGGACAACGACGCGCGUCGGCAGGCGGAGGAGCAGAUCCGGCGGCUGGCCCGCGACCCGCAGGUGGUCCCCGCGCUCGUCCACCAUCUCCGCACGGCCAAGACCCCGAACGUCCGCCAGCUCGCCGCCGUGCUACUCCGCAAGAAGAUCACCUCUCACUGGCCCAAGCUUCACCCGGACUCCAAGGCAUCACUUAAGCAAGCCCUCAUCGACUCAAUCACACUCGACCACAGUCAUCCUGUAAGGCGAGCUAGUGCAAAUGUCGUGAGCAUUAUAGCUAAGUAUGCUAUCCCUGCAGGAGAGUGGCCAGAGCUGUUACCUUUCCUUUUCCAAUGCAGCCAAAGUCCACAAGAUGAUCAUAGAGAAGUGGCUUUGAUUCUUUUCAGCUCCCUUACUGAAACUAUCGGAGCUACUUUUCAGUCUCAUCUGAACAAUUUGCAACCUAUUUUACUGAAAUGUCUGCAAGACGAAACUAGCUCUCGAGUCAGAAUUGCAGCCCUAAAGGCUGUUGGAUCAUUCAUAGAGUAUGUCAAUGAUGGAGGUGACAUUGCUAUCCAGAUAAUUUCAUGGCUGGUAAAAUUUAAAGCAUCUUUCUUGAAAAAGCACAAGCUGGUUGUACCUAUCCUGCAAGUUAUGUGCCCAUUGCUUACGGAAACAGCUAAUGAAGAUGAAGAUUCUGAUCUAGCAGCAGAUCGUUCUGCUGCCGAAGUCAUUGAUACAAUGGCUAUCAACUUACCAAGGCAUGUUCUUGCACCAGUUCUUGAGUUUGCUUCUGUGAGCUUUCAUCACAUUAAUCCGAAGUAUCGUGAGGCUGCUGUGACAUCACUGGGUGUUAUCUCAGAGGGUUGUUGUGAACAUUUGAAAGAUAAGUUGGAGGAUUGUCUGAAAAUUGUUUUGGAAGCUUUAAAGGACCAAGAACAAAUGGAGAAGUCAUAUUAUGCUCUUGCAGCAUUCUGUGAGGACAUGGGUGAAGAUAUCCUACCAUAUCUAGAGCCCUUGAUAUGCAGAUUGGUUAUGUCUUUGCAGAGCAGUCCUCGGAACUUGCAAGAGACAUGCAUGUCUGCAAUUGGUUCGGUGGCCGCUGCUGCGGAGCAGGCUUUUACCCCAUACGCCAAAAAAGUCCUUGAGAUGAUGAAAGGUUUUAUGGUGCUUAUUAAUGAUGAAGAUCUGUGUGCACGUGCUAGGGCUACUGAGGUUGUUGGGAUAGUAGCAAUGGCAGUUGGCAGAGCAAGAAUCGAAGCAAUAUUGCCUCCUUUUAUUGAGGCUGCUAUUGCUGGUUUUGGAUUGGAGUACAGUGAACUCAGAGAGUACACUCAUGGUUUCUUUAGUAAUGUUGCUGAAAUUUUGGGUGAUAGUUUUACACAGUAUCUUCCUCAUGUUGUCCCUCUCGUAUUUUCUUCCUGCAACUUGGAUGAUGGUUCUGCUGUGGACAUUGAUGAUGCUGAUAGUAUUGAAAAUGGAUUUGGUGGUGUUUCAUCUGAUGAUGAUGUUAAUGAUGAGCCAAGAGUUAGAAAUAUCAGUGUUAGGACGGGGGUAUUAGAUGAGAAAGCUGCUGCAACACAGGCCAUUGGUUUUUUCGCACUACACACGAAGAGUGCCUAUGCUCCGUAUCUGGAGGAGUCACUGAAGAUUUUGAUCAGGCACAGUGGUUAUUUCCAUGAAGAUCUCAGGCUGCAGGCAGUCAUUUCUUUGAAACAUAUUCUAACUGCUGUUAGGGCAAUACCUCCUACACAUGCUGAUGUACUAGAGAAACAGAAGGAUGUCCUUGAUACUGUUUUGAACAUCUACAUCAAGACUAUGACAGAGGAUGACGAUAAAGAGGUAGUUGCACAAGCUUGCAUGAGUGUAGCAGACAUUGUGAAGGACUGUGGUUUUGCUGCAAUUGAGCCUUACAUGCUAAGGCUUGCUGAGGCAACACUGGUUCUUUUACGUCAAGAAUCAAGCUGUCAACAAGUAGAAUCAGAUGGCGAGGAUGAUGGCGACAUUGACCAUGAUGAAGUUCUCAUGGAUGCAGUUUCAGAUCUUUUGCCUGCUUUUGCAAAAGUGAUGGGAUCUUAUUUUGAUCCUAUCUUUGCAAAAUUAUUUGAUCCGUUGAUGAAAUUUGCUAAAUCUCCCCAUCCCCCCCAAGAUAAGACUAUGGUUGUGGCAACCUUAGCUGAGGUUGCUCAGGAAAUGGGUGCUCCAAUAUCUGCUUAUGUUGAUAAGAUAAUGCCUUUGGUGUUGAAAGAGCUUGCGUCAUCUGAUGCUACUAAUAGGAGAAAUGCUGCUUUCUGUGUUGGCGAGAUAUGCAAGAAUGGGGGUGCUGCAGCACUGAAAUACUAUGGGGAUAUACUUCGUUCUCUGCAUAAUUUGUUUGGUAACUCAGAAUCAGAUGAUGCAGUAAGAGAUAAUGCUGCUGGUGCUAUUGCUAGGAUGAUAAUGGUGCAGCCUCAGUCAAUUCCUCUCAACCAGGUUCUUCCAGUUUUUAUCAAAGCUUUGCCACUAAAAGAAGAUCAUGAAGAAUCAAUGACUGUCUAUGGUUGCAUCUGCAGUUUAUUAUUAUCAUCACAUCCCCAGAUCCUUCCCCUUGUGCCUGAUGUCAUACAUGUGUUUGCCCAAGUGGUGGUAUCCCCAGAUGAGAGUGAUGAAGUCAAAACAAAUAUUGGCAAGGCUGUUUCUCACUUGAUAUCUGUCUAUGGCCAGCAAAUGCAGCCAAUACUGAGUGCCCUUCCACCAGCUCAUGCAAGCGCGCUGGCUUCAUUUGCCAGUAGAAGAUGA